GCGGUGGGCGUGGCUUGCCUUGUGUGGCGCCGCCGCGCCGCUAGGGGGCGCUGACGGCGGCGCCGGCUCCGGUGUCCAUGGCGGGGGUCGGCGCCAAGCGGGGACCCCCCGAGGCCGGGGGGGGCCCCCCCGAGAAGAGACCCCCCCGCGAGGAGCAGCCCCCGACCACCCUGAUCGAGCCCCUGCGCCUGGGGGGCAUCUCCUCCACGGAGGAGAUGGACGUCAAGGUGCUGCAGUUCCGGAACAAGAAGCUGGCCGAGCGCCUGGAGCAGCGCCAGGUGUGCGAGGACGAGCUCCGCGAGCGCAUCGAGAAGCUCGAGAAGCGCCAGGCCACCGACGACGCCACGCUGCACCUGGUCAACCGCUUCUGGGCGCAGCUGGACUCGGAGGUCCAGGCCCUGCUGCGUCGCUGCGACGGCGACGGGGGAGGGGCCGGCGGUGGGGGAGGGGCGGCCCCGCCCCCCGGGGACCCCCCCGGGGACCCCCCCGAGCCCCCCCCGAACCCCCCCGGGGACCCCGAGAGGAGAGAGCCGUGGGCGGGGCCCGAGGAGGGCGUGGCCGCGGCCCCGCCCCCGCCCAGGUUGGGCUUUGCCCCCGAGGCCGUGGCGCGGCUGGGCGGGGCCCUGGGCCGGGUCCAGAGGGGGCUGCACCAGCUGGGCGGGCACCUGAGCGCACGGCCCGAGCUGGCCGAGCCGGGCCGGGAGCGGCUGCGGGAGCUGCUGCGGGAGCACCGGCGGCUGCAGGAGCUGACGCUGCACCUGCACGAGAAGCACCAGCGGGAGGCGCUCGAGCUGGCGGAGCUGCAGGACAAGGCGGGCUCGGCCGAGACCAAGGUUCUGGAGAUGGGGACGACGCUGGAGGGGCUGCAGUGGGACAGCGCCAAACUGCGCAAGCGCGAGGGGCGGCUGGACCGGCACCUGGCCGAGGCGCUGGAGCAGCUGACGUCGGGCUCGUACGGCUCCGGCAGCUCCGGGGGUUUCCAGGGGGGUCAGAUCACGCUGAGCGUGCAGAAGUUUGAGAUGCUGAACGCGGAGCUGGAGGGGAACCAGGACUUGGCCAAUUCCCGCAUGGCCGAGCUGGAGAAGCUGCAGCUGGAGCUGCAGGCGGCCGUCAGGGGCCAGGAGAGACUCAAGGUGGCGCUGCGCUCCCUCCCCGAGGAGGCCGUGAAGGAGGCCCUGGAGUACAAGGUGCUGCAGUCGCAGUUCUCGCUGCUCUACCACGAGAGCCUGCAGGUGAAGACGCAGCUGGACGAGGCGCGGGCGCUGCUGCUGGCCACCAAGAACAGCCACCUGCGCCACAUCGAGCACAUGGAGAGCGACGAGCUGGGCGUGCAGAAGCGCCUGCGCACCGAGGUGAUCCAGCUCGAGGACACGCUGGCCCAGGUGCGCAAGGAGUACGAGAUGCUGCGCAUCGAGUUCGAGCAGAACCUGGCGGCCAACGAGCAGGCAGGCCCCAUUAACCGCGAGAUGCGGCACCUGAUCAGCUCCCUGCAGAACCACAACCACCAGCUCAAGGGCGACGUGCAGCGCUACAAGCGCAAACUGCGCGAGGUGCAGGCCGAGAUCAACAAGCUCCGCCUCCAGGCCAGCGGGGCCCCGCCCCCGCCCACCCCGGCCCCGCCCCCACCCCCUCCCCCUUCCUCCUCCAGCUCCUCCUCCUCCUCAGGCCCCGCCCCCUCCUCGAGCUCCGCCCCUCCCCCAGAGGAAACCCCGCCCCCCACCCCCGCCCCUCCCCCCUCCGAUGACAAAGGGCGUGGCCUCCUCCGGCCCCGCCCCCUCCCAGGACCCUCCCCCAAACCCGCCCCACCCCCGCCCAAGGAGGAGGAGGAGGAGCCCCCGGGCCCCUCCCCCACCCCUAACCCCGCCCCCCAGGCUCCCCAAGCCCCGCCCCCUCCCAGGCCGCCGGCCCCGCCCCCUCCCAGGCCCCGCCCCGAGCGGGGGGUGGGGGGAGGGGCGCGGGGGGAGGGGCGGGAGCGGCCCAAGGGCGGGGCCGAGGAGGGCAAGAAGAAAGACUCGGAGGUGCUGAAGCAGCUGAGGGCGGAGCUCAAGAAGGCGCAGGAGAACCAGAAGGAGAUGAAGCUGCUGCUGGACAUGUACAAAUCGGCGCCCAAAGAGCAGCGCGACAAGGUGACGCUCAUGGCCGCCGAGAGGAAGAGCAAGGCCGAGCUGGAGGAGCUGCGGGGGCGCUGGCGGGAGCUGGAGGAGCGCGAGCGCCGCGAGAGCAAGAAGCUGGCGGACGAGGAGGCGCUGCGGCGGCUGCGGCUCAGCGAGGAGCAGAUCGAGCACCUGCAGAGGCGCCUGGCGGCCACCAAACAGGAGGAGGAGGCGCUGCUGUCGGAGAUGGACGUGACGGGCCAGGCCUUCGAGGACAUGCAGGAGCAGAACCUGCGGCUGCUGCAGCAGCUGCGCGAGAAGGACGACGCCAACUUCAAGCUGAUGUCGGAGCGCAUCAAGGCCAACCAGAUCCACAAGCUGCUGCGCGAGGAGAAGGACGAGCUGGCCGAGCAGGUGCUGGCCCUCAAGGCCCAGGUGGAGGCGCAGCUGCAGGUGGUGCAGAAGCUGGAGGAGAAGGAGCGGGGGCUGCAGAGCGCCCUCGGCGCCGUGGAGAAGGAGCUGAGCCUGCGCUCGCAGGCGCUCGAGCUGCACAAGAGGAAGGCGGUGGAGGCGGCCCAGCUGGCCGAGGACCUGCGGGCGCAGGGCGAGCACGUGCAGGCGCGGCUGCGGGAGCUGCAGGCCUGCGCCGCCGAGAACCGCGCCGCCAAGGACAAGGAGGCGCUGAGCCUCAAGAGAGCCCAGGAGGAGCUGUCGCGGCUGCGCCGGAAGCUGGAGAAGCAGCGCAAGGUCGAGGUCUACGCCGACGCCGACCAGAUCCUGCAGGAGGAGAUCAAGGAGUACCGGGCCCGGCUGACGUGCCCGUGCUGCAACGCGCGCAAGAAGGACGCGGUGCUGACCAAGUGCUUCCACGUCUUCUGCUUCGAGUGCGUCAAGAGCCGCUACGACACGCGCCAGAGGAAGUGCCCCAAGUGCAACGCGGCCUUCGGCGCGCACGACUUCCACCGCGUCUACAUCAGCUGAGCGCCGGCGGUCGUCCCGCGGCGGCCAGCGGUCGUCUGCGGUCAUCUGUGGUCAUCUGCGGUGAUCUGCGGUCAUCUGUAGUCAUCUGUGGUCAUCUGUGGUCAUCUGUGGUCAUCUGUGGUCAUCUGCGGUCAUCUGUAGUCAUCUGUGGUCAUCUGUGGUCAUCUGUGGUCAUCUGUAGUCAUCUGUGGUCAUCUGUGGUCAUCUGCGGUCAUCUGUGGUCAUCUGUGGUCAUCCUUGGUGACCACGGCAACCAACGACCACCCAUGGUCACCCAAUGUCCAUGUUUCGGCGCACACGACUUCCACCGCGUCUGCGUCGGCUGAGCGCCGGCGGUCAUCUGUGAUGACCAGUGGUCAUCUGUGGUCAUCUGUGGUCAGCCAUGGUCAUCUGUGGUCAUCUGUGGUCAGCCGUGGUCAUCUGUGGUCAUCUGUGGUCAUCUGCGGUCAUCGGUGGUCACCUGCGGUCAUCUGCGGUCAUCUGCGGUCACCUGUGGUCAGCCGUGGUCAUCUGCGGUCAUCUGUGGUCAUCUGCGGUCAUCUGUGUCCAUCCUUGGUGACCACGGCAAUCAAUGGCCACCCAUGGUCACCCAAUGUCCAUCCUUCAGCGCGCACGACGUCCACCGCAUCUACAUCAGCUGAGCGCCGGCGGUCAUCUGUGGUGACCAGCGGUCAUCUGCGGUCAUCGGUGGUCAGCCAUGGUCAUCUGUGGUCAUCUGCGGUCAUCUGUGGUCAUCUGUGGUCAUCUGUGGUCAUCUGCGGUCAUCGGUGGUCACCUGCGGUCAUCUGCGGUCAUCUGCGGUCACCUGUGGUCAGCCGUGGUCAUCUGCGGUCAUCUGUGGUCAUCUGCGGUCAUCUGUGUCCAUCCUUGGAGACUUAUGACCAUUGCUGACCACCAGUGAUCAUCGCUGACCAUCACUGACCACCAGUGAUGACCGCUGACCAUUGCUGACCAUCGCUGACCAUCGCUGACCAUCGCUGACCAUCGCUGACCAUCGCUGACCAUCGCUGACCAUCGCUGACCAUCACUGACCAUCACUGACCAUCGCUGACCAUCGCUGACCAUCACUGACCAUCACUGACCAUCACUGACCACCAGUGAUGACCACUAACCAUCGCUGACCACCACUGACCAUCGCUGACCACCGCUGACCACCAGUGAUGACCACUGACCACCACUGACCAUCGCUGAUGACCACUGACCACCGCUGACCACUGCUGACCAUCACUGACCACCGCUGACCAUCACUGACCACCGCUGACCAUCACUGACCAUCACUGACCACUGCUGACCAUCGCUGACCAUCGCUGACCACCGCUGACCACCGCUGACCACCACUGACCAUCGCUGAUGACCACUGACCACCGCUGACCGUCGCUGGCCACCAGUGAUGACCACUGACCGUCGCUGACCACCCCGUGCUGACCCGUGCUCACCUCCGCCCACGGCGUGGCCACCCCGCGGUCACUCCUGACCACGCCUUGCUGACCACUGACCGCUCCGUGGUCACUCCGUGCUGACCGCUGACCACCUGUGGUCACCGCUGGCCGCCCCGUGGUGACCAAUGGUCAGCUACGGCCACCCCUGGUCACUCCUGACCACCCCAGGCCACCCCUGACCACCCCAAAGUGACCCUUGUCCACCCCUGGUCACUCCAAGGCCACCCCAAAGUGACCACUGACCACCCCAGGCCACCUGUGACCCCCUCAAGUGACCACUGGUCACUCCUGUCCACCCCUGGUCACUCUGCCCACCCCAAAGUGACCACUGGUCACUCCUGUCCACCCCUGGUCACUCUGCCCACCCCAAAGUGACCGCUGGUCACUCCUGCUCCCCCCAAAGUGACCACUGGUCACUCUGCCCACCCCAAAGUGACCACUGGUCACUCUGCCCACCCCAAAGUGACCACUGGUCACUCUUGGUCACUCCAAAGUGACCACUGGUCACUCCAAGGCCACUCCAGAGUGACCACUGACCACCCCCGUGUCCACCUUGCCCCUCCCCCCCCCUCCCAGUGGUCACUUCCCCUUGACCCCUCCCCCAGCCCCUGACCUUUGACCCCUGUCAGGCCCCGCCCCCUUUUCCCCUUCCCAGCCAAUAAAAUCGCUCGGAGCCGA